AUGGCCAAGCUUCUGGGCAGCGUAUCUGCCGACAGAUCUCGCCCCAGUGGGAUGUGGAAUUCUUUGGGGUGCCCUGAUGUGCAAAGCCAUGGCUACCGUGGCCUUGUACAGAAUGGGCCAAAUGGCCACCCAGGGCAGAAUGGGCACGCCCAGAACGGGCAUUCCCCGUGGAAAGUGAAUCAGGGCUGUGUGCCCGAUGCCGGUGUCUAUGAACCCUUCGCCUAUCCCAGGGUUGGCCCCGUACCCGCCGGACCCGCCGUCCCCGGCGCAGCCGGUGCUACCGGUGCAGCCGGACCAGCAGUAGCUGCUAUACCGGCAGUGGCUGCCUUACCGGCCAAGAUUUCAGCUGCCGUACCCAGCUUGCCGCAGAUGAAUGGUCACAGUCCAGAUGUGGCUGACCCUCAGAUCCAGUGGUGGGUAGAGAAGAUCGAUGCAGGAACUGCAAUUCCAACCUUGAAAUCACGAAGUGUGGGCAGCAUGUGCCCAACCAACCUGGGAAAACAACAGACACUCCGUGUGAGUGACAGAAAGGACACCGGACAGCGAGGACCAGGACGAGCAAAGUUCCCAUGUCAAAGUCUCCUUCCCGAUGUUCCAAGGCCUUUACGUCAUCCCUCAGAAGUGGGAGUCGCCAUGGCACUCUGCAACUUAGAGAAGUCGCAAGCAUUGCGUGGCAAUGAAAUUCGUGGAAUUUUGCGAGAAAGCUUUCAGAAGGCAUAUGAAGCAGUCAACACAGCAGCCAAGGCUCAUGAAGACCUUUGCCAGAAGACGGAGAAGUUGAAGGGCAUCCCUGGGACUUUAGAUGCGGUGAAACGUGCCAAGAUUUGCACUAGGGAUGUCUUGCUGUGGCGAUGGUUUGGCCUUACGGCUUGGAUUUACAAUCAAGCUGAGUCAGAAUUCUUCCAAUCCUAUGGCCGAGAAAUUGAGAGCCAGCUCAUGAAUUCUGUGGUGAAGAUCCGACAGAGACUGAUGCAAGAUUUGAUGAGAAAGCCUUGCUGGCAUCAAUUGGAAAGGAAGUUGAUGAAAUGUGCUGCAACUGAUUCUUGGACUCCUGAACUAGAAGGCCUUUUGAAUCGCUUCCGUUUCAUGUUUGAAAGCCUUGGUGGUCCGGGAAAUCCUGUAAUUCAAGAAUGGCGCUUGACCGAAGAAGAAGAGAAGAUGGAGAUGCAGGAGAAUGAGGCCAAAGAGCAAGAAGCAGAACAAGAAUUUGAAGCCGAGGUGUGGAACAACGCAGGCCGAAAGGUCUCAGAAUCAGUGGUUGGGCUUUUGGGUUUGGAUGACUUUGAUGAAUUUGAUGCUUGCGAUCCGGCCAUGGAUCCAGAUUGCUAUGCUGCUGAUGCAAUCCAUCCAAUCGAUGCAAGCCCCGAGGCUGAUGAUCAUGAAAUUCGUGAUGAUCCGGCUUUCGUUGCUCAGCAGGGCUUUGUUGAUGGCUUCUCAGUGACACUGGCCGACCGCGAUGCCGCGGCCUUUGGUUUCGCCAUGUUUCGCCUCUUGUUGCAGAUUUGUGGUUGGGAUGGGACAGCCACAUCCCAGGAGUUCGUCAGCAUCGAUGCAGUUUUUCUAGGCGUAUCUGCCGACAGAUCUCGCCCCAGUGGGAUGUGGAAUUCUUUGGGGUGCCCUGAUGUGCAAAGCCAUGGCUACUGUGGCCUUGUACAGAAUGGGCCAAAUGGCCACCCAGGGCAGAAUGGGCACGCCCAGAACGGGCAUUCCCCGUGGAAAGUGAAUCAGGGCUGUGUGCCCGAUGCCGGUGUCUAUGAACCCUUCGCCUAUCCCAGGGUUGGCCCCGUACCCGCCGGACCCGCCGUCCCCGGCGCAGCCGGUGCUACCGGUGCAGCCGGACCAGCAGUAGCUGCUAUACCGGCAGUGGCUGCCUUACCGGCCAAGAUUUCAGCUGCCGUACCCAGCUUGCCGCAGAUGAAUGGUCACAGUCCAGAUGUGGCUGACCCUCAGAUCCAGUGGUGGGUAGAGAAGAUCGAUGCAGGAACUGCAAUUCCAACCUUGAAAUCACGAAGUGUGGGCAGCAUGUGCCCAACCAACCUGGGAAAACAACAGACACUCCGUGUGAGUGACAGAAAGGACACCGGACAGCGAGGACCAGGACGAGCAAAGUUCCCAUGUCAAAGUCUCCUUCCCGAUGUUCCAAGGCCUUUACGUCAUCCCUCAGAAGUGGGAGUCGCCAUGGCACUCUGCAACUUAGAGAAGUCGCAAGCAUUGCGUGGCAAUGAAAUUCGUGGAAUUUUGCGAGAAAGCUUUCAGAAGGCAUAUGAAGCAGUCAACACAGCAGCCAAGGCUCAUGAAGACCUUUGCCAGAAGACGGAGAAGUUGAAGGGCAUCCCUGGGACUUUAGAUGCGGUGAAACGUGCCAAGAUUUGCACUAGGGAUGUCUUGCUGUGGCGAUGGUUUGGCCUUACGGCUUGGAUUUACAAUCAAGCUGAGUCAGAAUUCUUCCAAUCCUAUGGCCGAGAAAUUGAGAGCCAGCUCAUGAAUUCGGUGGUGAAGAUCCGACAGAGACUGAUGCAAGAUUUGAUGAGAAAGCCUUGCUGGCAUCAAUUGGAAAGGAAGUUGAUGAAAUGUGCUGCAACUGAUUCUUGGACUCCUGAACUAGAAGGCCUUUUGAAUCGCUUCCGUUUCAUGUUUGAAAGCCUUGGUGGUCCGGGAAAUCCUGUAAUUCAAGAAUGGCGCUUGAGCGAAGAAGAGGAGAAGAUGGAGAUGCAGGAGAAUGAGGCCAAAGAGCAAGAAGCAGAACAAGAAUUUGAAGCCGAGGUGUGGAACAAUGCAGGCCGAAAGGUCUCAGAAUCAGUGGUUGGGCUUUUGUGUUUGGAUGACUUUGAUGAAUUUGAUGCUUGCGAUCCGGCCAUGGAUCCAGAUUGCUAUGCUGCUGAUGCAAUCCAUCCAAUCGAUGCAAGCCCCGAGGCUGAUGAUCAUGAAAUUCGUGAUGAUCCGGCUUUCGUUGCUCAGCAGGGCUUUGUUGAUGGCUUCUCAGCCAUUCAAAACAUCCUAUGGGAGCUGCACCACCCAAAAUGCCAAGUUCCAAUGGGCGUGAGCUGAAUGAGAUUGAGCUGAUAGAUUGGGCUGGUCUGAAACCUCUGAAACCUCUCCGUGUGAGUGCAAAAGCUGUAAUUAUAGAUAGGUGUCACAAGCAAAGCACUUUUUGACUUGGACGCUGAAGAUGUCAACCUCUAGGACCUAGUGCGCCUGACAAGUCCAAUUCUGAAAACGAGUCGAAAAAGGGAG